UGUAUUAGAUUUUUAUCGCUAUACACAUACAUUCUAAAUUUGAAUAAUUGUAACAUUGCCGAGAUUAGACCUGCAUAAUUCAUAAGCCAUUAGUUCAGUUCAACUAUUACAGUUUUGCCAUAAUUAUUUUGAUAACAUUUAACAGGCAUUUGCGUCGGUGUGUGUUUGUUGACCGCAGAUCUGCACCAGUGUUACGACUCUGAAUCCCGUAGUCAUUGACGCGUUGCAGAACGUUUCGCUUGAUCGUGUUACACAGGUAGCUGGGAUAUAUUUCCAAGGAGUUAGUGUGUUAAAUUCUAUCAAUUUUAAGGGAUUUUAGACAAAAUUUGCAAUCAUGCCGCUCGGAAGUUGUCAUACGUGCAUUAAAUAUUUAAUGUUUGGAUUUAACUUUUUAUUUUGGUUACUAGGAUGUGCUAUGCUAGGAGUAGGAAUAUGGAUCUUAGUUGACGACGAGUUUGACAAGUACACCGACGGAGUAGAUGAGUUUUCCCUCCUUUAUACAGCAGCUUAUGUUGUUAUAGUAGUUGGUAUUAUAAUAAUGGUGAUAGGCUUUUUAGGAUGCUGUGGAGCUAUCAGGGAAAAUCAGAUUAUGUUAGUAUUGUUUUUCGCCUGUCUAUUUAUCAUAUUCUGUGCUCUACUGGGAAUAGGAAUUUAUAUGAUUGUUGCCAAGGAUGGGUUCCGAAAUGUUGUCUCAGAAGUUCUGAAGAAGAAGGUGAAAGACACGUGUGAUGGCAAUGAAGACGCUACGAACUUCAUGCAAGUGAUCCAGGAAAACUUCAAAUGUUGUGGAGCUGACGGGUUGACAGACUAUGCACCUACAUCAUGUGCUCAUCCUAUGAUCUGUGAAGCCAUUUUUGAUACCAAAGGUUGUACUACCAUAUUUUCUGAAUGGAUAAAAAAGAAUUUUGUUGUAGUAGCAGGUGUACUGUUCGGAAUAGCACUUAUAUUGAUUUUAGGAAUGGUGUUUGCCAUGAUUCUGUGUUGUGCUGUCAGGGAUAUCCACGCAUAAAGUUAAAAGAACUGCCAACCAGAAAGGAAAAGCAAAGACAAAAAUAUUCAGAAAAAAGUUUAGCUGUAAUACUGUUGCCUUUUUAAAUAUAAAUGUUUUAAGUAGAUUAUAUGUAUACAUACCUUUUAUAAAAUCAGGUAAUAAAUGUAUGUUUUUUGUUGUUGAUAAAAUGGCAAGACUUUUUUUUUAUUUCAUUCCUUCUUGUAUGAAAUUUAAAAGAAUUUCAUUUUUCCAUUAUAUCUGUUUUAAAUUCACAGAGAACUAAAUUGGCCAUAAGCUUACAUAAAAUACAGAUAUAUGACCUGUUUCAAACUGAUGUAAUAUCAAUAUUCGAAAAUAUUUUCAAUACCUCAAAUACAAGUACCAUAGAUGUACAACAUCAAAUGUUUAGCUUAGUCUCAGUUAUCGUUUGAUUCAGAUAUGUUUCUGUUUUAAAAAUGACAACAGUUAUAAAAUAAACUGUGUUUUGUACUGACUGAAAAUUUAAAAAUUUUAAGAGUAUUUUUGCAGUAACAAAUCUAAGUAGACAUUACUUUAGUAAUAAAAAUAAUAUUGAUAGUAACGAGUGGUUUACAUAAUUAGUAAGAAGGUAAUAUUCUCUGACACCCUCUGAGUUUAGCUAUUUGUUAAUCUUAUUGGUUGAUGUUUACAAUAUGAAAAGUUCUUGCCAUUUUACAGUCUAUCAAAAGUUUACUGUAUAUGAAAAUACGAAUAAGUGAAAUAUCAAAGGGCAGUUUCAUGUUGUUGAGUAUUUUUUGUUGAAUGAGAUUUUUUAUCGUAUAUUUGUAAACAACUGUAAAGAUUUGUAUGAAUAUGUGUAAGUGCUUUGUUUUUUUUAUAACUAUACAUGUAGCAGGUUUUUUUUUUCACUUUGUACAAUGAUUUUUUGUACAUUUUGUAUAUAUUUUUAGCACUAGUUGCUGUACAUAAGUAAAACCAAGGUUCAAACUACUUUUGGAUAAAUAUACCUGGAUCUUAACUAACCAUUUCAGAAUCUACAGAGUCCGUGGGUAAUUAUUUUUCACACGCUAAAAUAUCAUUACACCGUUUGAUGAAUAUUGAUUAGUAAAGAUGUUGUUAAGGUGGUACCCAACACCUUGACUAAUAUUAAUUUGGCUCGUUUAAUUUUCAUAAAAUUUUGACAAAAUGUUUACUUUGACCCUUUGACAAAAAUAUAAAAAUUUCAAAAAAUUUGAACCAACCACUUUAUCGGAAAAAUUUCAUUGGUUAUAUAGCAGUUUGACAAACACUAAUUUUGAUCAUUGAGAAGCUUAAUAUUUCCUUAACAAUACAACGUGAUUGAAACGUUUAGCUGAUUUUUACAGAGUUAUCUCCCUGUAGUGUUAGGUACCACCUUAAAACAUGUUUUGGUGUUAAUUUUCGAAAAUAUUAACACGAAUACUUUUAAUUCGAAACCGGGAAUUGGGCUUUCUCCUCAUAUUUACAAUAUUUGUCUUUUCUGAAAUAUUCUCUUCAAUCAUGACAGCUGCUACUUUUAAAAGGAAAAUGCAGUUUUUUUCAAAUAAUUUGUUUUCAUUUAGAUUUGGAUAAAAAUUAACCUUUACUGAAUGAAAACCAACAAAAUAGUGGGACAAAACACACUUUAUUUUUUUAUAUAAAGGUUGUGUAGAGUUAUGUUCAUUGUAUAUUGAUUUGUUCUGUACAUAAAUAACUGUUAUAAUUCAUACCUCUUGAAGUAUGGCAGCAUUUUAUCUUAUGACUAAACAAAUUUUAUUGUUGUUUUCAAACUUUCAUGCAUAUAAGCAAGAUUAUGAAAAUUCAAAAAAGAAUGAGUAAAAGUUAUCACAUUUGACUUAAGAGUGAAGCCAAUCCAACUUCUACCAAAAACUCAAAAUAGAUUACCAUGAUUCUUAAAAAAGAAGUGUGUAUGACCCCUUUUGUAUUAAGGAAUCAAUAGGUUUUUUUUAAGAAAAACAAGUUUAUAGGUGGUGAUAAUAUGUAUUUUUCAGAUGUGUCCAAAUAAUUCAAUGCUAGUUAAAUCAUAUUUGAUUUACACUCUCUUUACGUUUUAUACAGCAUUUACAUUUGCAAAUAAUAUGAAGUUUGAAUUCAAUAUCGAACAUUUUUAUGGAUAUAGAUUUAUAUCUUUAAAUGGUAUAGAUGCAGUUAGAACUACAAUUAUUUGUAGACUUCUGAAAAGAUGCAAAUUAUCUUGUAAAGUUGUUUUCUAAUUUCAUAACAAGUUCAUUGAAUGAGAUCUCUAACUAUAUUAUAUGGAAUUCAUGCUAUAUAUAUAUAUUUAUCCUUUUUCACUGCAUUUUUCAAUUUGAUGUUUAAUUCUGGAGUUUUAUAUUCAAGUUUUCAAAUUUACACAAAGUAUGCUACUAGUUAUUAUUUAAAGCUGAUUUUACAUAUAUUUUAUGAUAUAUCUGCAUAAUGUCCCAGGUUGGAGAUAGGGUUGUUACAAGAGAACACUUUUAUUUCCAGUUAAUAUACAUCAACAUUAUUCUGGAAUAUUUUGAUUUUUUUUCCAAGUCUGUUUAAAAUUCCCAAGAAUAUAGGAAAAUAAUGUAGACGAAUAUGUAGAUCUUAAGCAGAUAUAUUUUUGUAAUGAGCUAUAAAUCCCAUUCAAUCUUAGUCAUUGUCAUGAUGAUAAUUUACUAUUCUAAAUGUAUCUCUUUCUUUUAAAGACUAAUUUUUCAUAAAAAGAUAUAACCAGAAGACAAUAACUCAAUAUAAAAGGUUUUGCCAGAUUACAGAGUAAUUUUUUAUCUGAAUCCUCUGUUUUGAUCAAUUCCAUAUUAAAUAUUCAGCUUUAAGAUAUGCUGGUAAAAAAAUAUUAUUUUUUUCUUAGAAUUUUGACUAAAAGCAUUCUAUUGAAGAAUAACUCAGACAUGCAUUUUGAAGUUAUUUAUUUUGGCGUUUAUGUUAUUCAAAUUCCAAAAAAUCACCUAUCAAUUAGGCGUUUUUUAAAUUUGAAAUUUACAAAAAAAGAAAUCUGUUAAAUUUUUCCGUCAAAUGAUUGUAAUUUAGUGUCAGAAGAAGUGCAUAACAUAUCCUGGAAAAAAUAAGAAAUUAUGUUGACCAUUUUUACCACCUUGUAGAGUCUUGAUUAUGCCACAACAAAUGGGCAUGCAUGACAGAUUUUACGAUACAAACAGAAAAACAAAAUGUCUUUGGGUUAAUUUAUCAAACAUAUUUAAUUUACCUCUCAUGAUGUUCAUGUUGUAAAGGUUAGUUUUAUUUUUUGUUACGUGCUUUUUUUUAUUGCUAAAAAUCAUAAAUUAUUGCUUACUUGAAUUUAAACUGAAAAAAGACAUAAAAUUGAGAAUGGAAAUGGGGAAUGUGUCAAAGAGACAACAACCCGACCAAACAGCAGAAAACAGCCAACGGCCACCAAUGGGUCUUCAACACAGCGAGAAAAUCCCGCACCCGGAGGCGGGCUUCAGCUGGUCCCUAAACAAAAUGUACUUAUUUACAAUGAGUUUGGUAUUUGAACAGUCUAAUAAAUAAUGUACUUAAAGAUUGAUAAAUCGAAAAUUAAAAGCAUUUGCAACUAAUUAAUUAAUUUAUUAUACAGAACAAGGUAAGACCUACCAAUAUCAAAAUUUUAUAAAUAUGAUUUAUUAAAAGAAGAAUUCUGCAAGGUGUUUAUUCCUAGCAUUUCCUGCUUUCGUCUGUAACAUUUUUGAAUAUAUGUUCUAUUUUUUUUAUUUUAUUUUUUUUAAAUUUUGUGUAUGUAAGUUCAUUAUAUUUUUACAUCUUUUUUACCUUGUACAUUUCAAUUCCUAUCUUUUGUAAGUAUAAUGUAUAUUUUUCAAACAGCAGAAGAAUCCAUUCAUUAUUUAUUGUAUUUUGUCAUCUGCAUAUUUUGUGUACAGUCAUUUUUUACUGUAGCUUUCAUCAUCCCAACCUGGGAAAGCUUUUUGAAUGCAAUAAAGGAUGUUGUAAUA